CAUAGCAAGUUGAAAUGAUCAUUAUUCAUAAAAGAAAAAUAAGGUUUAUUAUUAUAUGAGUAGUUCAGGAAACAUUUGAAAAGAAAAGAAUAUGUGACAGUAAAUUAUCAUGUUUAAAUUAAUUGUGAUACGAAACAAUGAAUGUCUUUAUCUUUUUUUGUGUUGUUAAGAUCAACAAACUAACUUAGUUUGAACAAAAUAAUCUACAAGAUGGCUACUGGUGGGCAGAUUAAUACGGAUACUCUCUCUGAUGAAGUGUUUGAUGUACUAUGUACAAUCUGCAAAAGUAAAAGCAAAAACACAGACGGUGUAAAAUACUGUGUAGAUUGCCAAGAUUAUUUCUGUAUAAAAUGUGUCAAAGUUCACAGUCAGGUGCCAGUGUGUGCUGGUCACAGGGUGUUGGAUAAAUCUCUAGUUACAUCAGGAAUCAUCAAAGGUCUGCUGAGGGCACCAGAAGAGAGAUGUGACAGACACAGUCAUAAACACAUUGAUAUGUACUGCCAGAACCAUGAUUCUGUUGGCUGUUCUACAUGUAUGGCAGUUGAUCACAGGGCAUGCCAGGAUACUUUCUACAUUCCAGAAUUUAUCCGAAAUAACACUUACCAAUCAGCCUCAACAGAAAUUCAAACAAAACUAAAGGAAAUAUCCAAGACCCUUGCAGAACAAGUUACCAACUUCAAACAAGAUAAGCAGAGGCUGUUGAAAAGAAAGGCAGAAUUACUGGCUGAUAUCAGAAAAUUUCGACAAGAAAUUAAUGACCAACUUGAUAAAUUGGAGAAAAAUUCUAUAGAUGAGAUAGAAGAUAUGUUUAAACGCCUUGUAGACAAGAUUGAAAACAAUCUUAAACAGCUACAAGCUAAUAUGGCCAGAGUUACCUCAGCUAAUGAUAAAUUAGCUUCUCCAAACACAAAUCAAGCUGAAGUGUUUGUCCAAAUGAAGAUUGGGGAAGAUGCUGCAAAUGUUGCCAACAAACAUAUAGCAGAUAACAAAAGAAAGAGUAUUGGAGAUGACAUCGAGUUUCAAUCUGAAAAAACAAUCCUUUCAUUACUUCAGCAAAAUAAAGCCCUUGGCAGGCUUAAAAAUCCUUCAAAACCAAAAACUCCUGAUACUUUAUUUCAAAUUAAAGAGAGACAUUCCUCUUAUGAAAGUCAAAGUUAUCUAAAAAGUGCAUGCUGUCUGAAGGACGGUGCAAUAGUUAUAGCUGAUUACAGCAACAAAAGGUUAGAACGGGACCAAUAUAACAACUACACUGUCACAGACUACUGUGAUCUUCCUGGAAAACCAUGGCAAGUGUGUUCAAUCAAUACAACACAAGUAGCAGUAACUUUACCAUCACAGAAAGAAGUUCAUUUCAUUUCUGUUGAAGGACAAAUGAGCACAACAAAGAAGAUUGACACUGAUUUUGUGUGUUUUGGUCUUGCAUAUAAAAAUAAUAAUUUAUAUAUAUCUGACAGUGGCACAGACAUAUAUAUCUAUACAUUGUCUGGAAGAAAGCUAAAUCAGCUCACAAUAUUUCUCAGAAAAACUCGAUCAUUUAUCUCAAAAUUUGCAAAUCCAUUUAAUAUGUUUCACCAGCAAUACAUGUACAUACCCAAUCUAGCUGUCAGUAAAGAUGCUACAAGGAUUUAUGUUGCCGAUAGGGUACGUGGGCUAAUAGUACUGGACAACAAUGGUAAGGUUAUUACAAAUUAUGAUGGUGAAAAUUUAUACGGUGCUAAUUGUUGUUAUGUCACUGAAGCAGGUAGUGUGCUGGUAUCAGGAUAUAAUAAUGUUUUACAGUUUACAUCUGAUGGUGAGCUGAUAGGAGAUGUCAUAAAAAAUGACAGAAGAAAAGGGACAAUUGUUUCAGUUUGUUGUAAUCAACAAAUGUCUAAAAUGUAUGUAAGCAGAGACAGAAAAAACAGCAUUGAAGUGUAUGAUAUCUGAUCAGUGUAAAAAAUGACUGAAAACUACCGUCUGUAAGAAUGUAAUUGAAAGAAUGUUCUGAUUCACAAUCUACAAACAUUAAAUGUGAAAAGAAUAAAACUAUGUUUGUGUAUGUUUGUGAAAUGCAAAGCCGCCACAUUGUAAAGUACUAACAAUAGCUGGAACAAAAGUAGUUAAUGAUUUUUUUUGUACAUAUUUGUGAAUAAAUUAUCUUACAAUAUUGGAUCAAUGUCCAAUAAAAUUGUUGGUAAAUAUUUCAGCAUGUGAAACAAAACACAAUCAUCAUAUAUAUCUUGAUAUAUCUAUCAUAGGUUAAAGUUAAUCAUUUAGUUUAAGUAAGUACAUGUAUCACUAUCAGUCUUUAAAGUUAAAAUAUUUUAUUUAGUUAUGCACAGAUGAUCCAUGCACAUAAAAUAUUUUAUACUAUUUAUAAUCAUCAUUAUAAUUGUUAGAUUUUUUUUUUCUUCAUUCAGUCUCUGCUUUUUUUAAUAGAAAUAGAAUAAUUAUGUUUCCCGGCCAUUCGACCUGUUUUAUUUAUUUAGCUAUAACUAUGUAUAUUUGAUUUGUUAUAUGUUGAAAAUUAAAGAAAUAUUUUUGUUUAUAAAUUAAUUAAAUGGAAUUGUUAAAGGGACUGCACUGACGUUUUUUUUUUCAACAUGAAGAUUUUUGAGAUUCUUGUAACAUCUGAUGUCAGUCUUUACUUAUCACUAAAGCAAACCCAAGCAAAAUAAUUUCAGAUAAUUUCCUCACUGUUUUCCCAGAAUAAACAUUUUCAUUAUGCAAAAUGACCAAACAAAUGAAUGGUAUUUCGAUCCUUUUCUCUAAAACUAGGCUAAAAAUUGUGCAAGAACAAUUUGUUUUCAAUUUAACUGUGAGUUUAUCUUUUUAUUAUCUCAUUCGAACUAUGCAAGAAUGACAAAAUUUAUGUUUUUAUACUUUCGACCUCAUUUUAUGAUUCU